AUGGAGCAAUUACUCUGCUAUCAAGCCAGACGUCAUCCAGAAGCUCCUGCCAUUAUUGAUGGAGAGCACACCUUUACAUACAACGAGCUGAUUGCAAGCGCUGACCGUCUGGUGACGCUGCUACACGAGAAACAUAUCGCUCCUGAAGAGCCAAUCUGCAUCUUUCUUGGAACUGGGUAUAGGCAGAUUAUCUCUCAAGUGGCUGUGUUACGGGCAGGAGGAAGCUGCGUGCCAGUCGACCCGUCUAUGCCUCAGAAACGCCUGAAUGAUAUGCUUAGUGACAUUGAAGCUAGGCGUAUAAUAACCACUGCAGAUCUGGGCGAAAGAGCCUCCGGCUAUGAUAUAAUACUUGUUGAUAAUGUUGCGGACACCAAGGCCUCUUUUACUGAAGAUGUGCAAGCUAUACAGGUGCUCGCAGGUUUCCCAGAACACCACCGCAGCCACAUUCUUUUUACAUCAGGCUCAACAGGAAGACCCAAAGCAGUUCAAAUCUCUGCUCGCAGUAUACUGCACCUGGCAAGCUCGACGCCCGUGACGCCGCUUGAUCCAAAUGACAGGGUGACCGAAGUAAAUAACCCCGGAUUUGAUUUAUCUCUCUUUGAGAUCUGGGUUACCUUGCUUGCCGGUGCCACAAUUGUCGUCGUACCAAAGUCAACUGCAACGGACCCAUUUAGCUUCGGUGACUUCGUAAAGAAGCACAAAGUGACCGUGAUGAUGCUUCCCACUGCUCUCUUUACGAUUGUGGCUACCAACUGCCCUUCCGCGUUCAGGGGAGCCCGUCACGUACUCACAUUGGGUGAAGCUCCCAACGUGAAGGCGGUGCGAGAUGUUAUCACCGAGGGUGCACCGAAGUAUCUCUGGAACGGCUACGGACCUACUGAGUGCACAACAUUCGUCACCUUGCAGCUGAUUGAUCUCAAGGAGACAGCGCGUGAGACUAUAGGCAUCGGCAAAGCCGUGGGUGAGACAAAAGUCUACCUCCUGGAUGAUGAAAAGAAGUUGAUCUUGGGCCGCGACCGGGAAGGAGAGAUCUAUCUCGCGGGCCCAGGGUUAUCAAGGGGCUAUCUCAAUCAGCCUGAUGCAAAUACAAAGCACUUCAUCGAACUAGACGCAUCCACACUGAACGAAGCUUCAGCGGGGUCUAUACGUGUGUUCAAAACCGGCGACCUUGCUAAGUGGAGAAUCCCACAGGAGAUUUUGGACUUUCGAGGAAGAUUCGAUAUGCAGGUCAAGCAGGAUGGUUUUCGGGUCGAGUUGGGAGAUGUGGAAAAAACACUCGAGAAAAUGGACGGUAUUAGACAGGCUGUGGUUCUGCAACAGUGUCCAUUUGGCCAUAAGCUCCUUGCUGCCUAUAUUGUCACAUCGGAGCAAGGUAGUAAUCUGAGCUUGAAGGCAGUCAAGGAUUACGCCAAGGAAAGAUUGCCUCCGUACAUGGUACCUAGCCAGAUCACAGUGAUCUCAGAGUUUCCUCUGACUGUCUAUGGGAAGAUUGACCGAGGGGCUUUGGCUCGAGAGGGCCAGAAGAGGUCAAAAGAAGGCCAUAGGACAGCAUCAGCAGCGGAUAAUAAACCGCAGCAAGCCACCAAUGAGCUUACCAACACGCUGAAGCAUAUGGUACGGGGACUGAUUAAUGUGCCCGAGUUCCUGGAAAGUGACGAUAUCUUCUCGCUGGGCAUGUCGUCUCUCGAAGCAGCCAAAUUUAUUGGACUUAUGAUGCAACGAUUUGGUAAAAAGGUGACCAUGGAUAUGCUCCUGGCAAAUCCCACUGUUGCCAAAAUAGCCACAAUGCUAAGGGAGACCAAACAAACCCGCCCUUCUCUUGUCAAUACCGGUACCAUGGAGGCGGACGCUCAACUGGCCGACGAUAUCCCGGUGGUACCAGACUGGCAGUCCAACGAGGAAGGACGUGUGUUUAUCACAGGUGUCACUGGAUUUGUCGGAGUUCAUGUACUAGGCCGUCUUCUGGGUAUGCCAACCGUGAAAAAAGUCGCGUGUUUGGCCCGGAGCCGCAAUGGUCUUCCCGCCAGUUCUCGCAUCCAACGCGCUAUGGAGAGGUACGAUAUCUGGGAGUCCUCAUUGGAGAAUAUAGGGAAAAUGAUCGUCCUCGAUGGCGAAAUGGCAGAUGAGACGCUCGGUCUGGGCGAAGAACAGUUCACCUGGCUCACAAAUUGGACGAGUGUUAUUUUCCACGUGGGAGCCAAGGUCAAUUUCUGCGAGCCUUACCAGAAUCAUUUUGCUUCAAAUGUUAUUGGAACCAAGAAUGUUCUCCGACUGGCUGCACUGGGAAGACGCAAGGCCUUCCACUACAUGUCCAGCAUCGACACAUGGGGACCGACUGCAUUGGUCUUGGGUACGAAAAGGCUGCAAGAAGAUGGCCCCCUCCAGCCUCACCUCGAGUCUUUGCCUUACGACACAGGCUACGCGCAUAGCCAGUGGGUGGCAGAGGAAAUGGUACGCAGGAUGCGCGCUAGAGGGCUACCGGUUGCUAUCUAUCGUCCCGGUUUCACUAUUGGAGACCAUGUUACCGCUAUGGGCAAUCCAGAUGAUUUUUUCGCACGGCUGAUCGUUGGAAGUAUUCAGAUAGGAUACUGGCCUCGUCUCCCUGACCAACGGAUGGAGUAUGUAACAGUGGACUAUGUGUGCUCCGCUCUCAUUCACAUCGCUUCAUCAAAUCAGAACCUUGGGCGAUCGUACAGUCUUGUUGCUCCCGACCAUUCACAGUCGGUGAAUAUUGAAGAGACCGGCAUUAUGAUCAAUAAAGCUGGGUAUCCAGUGGAAGAGAUUCCAUAUGAUGAGUGGGUUAAGAAGCUCCGAGAGUCGAAUGACCUAGACCAAAACCCCUUAUCACCAUUAAUGCCCUUGCUGGAAGAACCUGUUCUGCGGGAUUUGAGCCGCUUACAGACAAGUAAAUACACACCCAUUUACGAAACGCCAAAUGCCGAAAAAGCUCUGGCCGAUCGUUUGGCAUUGAUGAACAACAAGAAAAGCAUUCUUGUUUAUAUGAGAUAUAGGCUCCCGUGA